GAAUAAGCGGUAUAUCUGGACCUUGCGUAACGCUAAGGUUCCAAAUGGUUGACUUGGUUUUGAGAUUGAGUGAAAGGGUACAUUAUAUACAUCCCAAUCAAUAAUGUUCUGGGAGGAGCUUCUAGAAAGGAAUUAAAGUUUCCUACUCAAUCCUUGGUUUAACGUAUUCGCAUUUAUAUUUGUGGCCCACCCCUUUAUUAAUUCAUAGAUGAACAACGUUAUGGGGCCAGGCUUUCGUAGUGCUUAGGUAAACUUCAUUUAGUUAGUACAUAAUCGGUUUUUGGCGUUCAGUAUUACACAUGUUUUCCAGAGAUCGACCAUUUAUCAAGACAAUUUACUGGGGUGUAUUGACGUCGCAAUUGCGACGUAUGUGGAAUAUUAUCUGCACAAUCCGAUCAUUAUGUGCCAGUGAAUUGAUGAUAAUCAGCGUAAAGAGUAUGUCGAUAGUAGAAAAACACUAUAUUCAGAGUCACAAUGGCACUUAAACCAAAGCAACCUUUCCUGCUCCGAAUAGUGUCAGGUGUCAUAAUAUAGGCUUCAGACUUUCAAAAACUUAAAUAUAAUUAGGGAAUCUGUAAACAGUUCCCAUCGCGACGAGACUAUUCGGAAGACGUUCAGUUGCCUUGCAUGCACUUAAUGAAAAGAUCAAAUGUGGCCACAUUCGAUCUUGCUUAUCGUCGUUUAAUGUUUCAGUCUCAGAUGGGAAAGGACAGGAGACUUGAUGGCAUAUGCUAGUCCUGGCAAUGAUGGUCUCUCAGUUGAUCCAACUUUCUUUUGAAGGAGUCAACGGAUGAAGCCUCAACCACAUGACGAGGUAAUGAAUUCCACUCGUAGAUGAUUCGAUAGGAAAGUCGAUAGUCAGCUGACAAGUAAUUUGUUUUGGGCUUGUGAACUUUUUUGGAGUGUCGCCGUAAAUUCUCUGUUUUGGAAGACAAGAAAAAUGAGGGCAUAUCAGGUGCAAAUUUAUCACCAAGUAAUUUGAAAACUGUGACCAAGUCACCCCUAGUUCUUCGAUAUGACAACGGGAAUAGGUUUAGCUUGGCCAGUCGAGCAUCAUACAGGAGCUUCGCUAUUCCGGGAGUCAGCUUAGUUGCUGUUCUGCGAACCUUUUCCAAAAACUCAUUUUCUUUUUAAAGCAGGGGCUAACUGCUUGUAUGCAGUACUCAAGUUUAGGACGCACGAACACUGUAUACGAAGUCAAAAAAGUUUUAGCGUCGAUAUGAUUACAUGCCCUACGUAUUGACUAUAAAGUUCUAAAAACUUUGGCGGCUAUUGCACGGCAGUGUGCAGUAGUCUUUAAGUCUUGGAUAACGAUGACUCCUAAGUCAUUAUGUGUCUGGACAGUAGGUAGCUCAGUGUUAUUCAUCGUGUAUGUAUCUGUACCCUGAUGACCGAUAUGCGUCACAACACAAUUGGAAGUAUUUAUCGGCAACUGCCAGGUUCGUGACUAUUCAGAUAAUUCCUUCAGGUCAUUUUGGAGUUCUAAGCUAUCACCCUUACUUCGUAUCGCUCAGCAUAGAGCAAGACCGGUGAUGACAGUAGACGAGGAAGGUCAUUUACAUACAAGAGAGAUAACACUGGUCCCCCAAAUGUACCCUGAGGCACUCCACUAAGCACAGUUUCUCAGUUAGACAACCUGGAGUUCACCCGUACUCUUUGUUGGAGCCCAACUAGGAAGUUUUUUAUCCACAUCAAUGGACUGCUUCCAAUUCCGACAUUUCUUAGCUUAUAUAACAGCCGGUUGUGCGGAACAUUGUCAAAAGCUUUGCUGAAAUCAAUGUAGGCUACGUCUACAGGUAACUUUUAGUCCUUGAUAGCGCACCAGCUUUGACGAGCCACUAAUAAGUUAGUGAGACGGGAAUAACCUAUUCUAAAACCAUGUUGCUUUUCCGAAAGGAUCCGGUUCUCAUCGAAAUACUUAAACAAUUCCUUCCGAAUAAUCCUUUCUAAAAUUUUAACAACCACACUAGUUAGGCUAGCGGGUUGGUAGUUCUCAGGUAUAUGUUUAGUACCUGUUUUGAAGACAGGACUUACUAUGGCGUUCUUCCAGUCUUUUGGUAAAUGACCCUGGGUUACGUAUAGAUUAAAGCAUAUAUUUAAAGGGUUCACAACGAAGCUAGCUAGUUUCUUUAGUAACGUAGGAUGCAGGUCAUCGGGUCUCAUUGAUUUCCAUAUGUCAAGCUUAUUUAACAGACCAAAGACAUAGAGUUCUUUAAUGGUCACAUUGUCCAGUGUGUGUGGGGGGAUUUGUAUGAGCUGACGGGAAGGGCGUUUCUAUGGUGUAUGCAUUGCUAAGGUAGUUCGAGGAUACUUUAGCUUUAUCAAAGUCGUCCUCCACUAAUGAUGAAGCAGUACUGUGUUCCCAUAGUGCUGGGAUAUUUCCUCUUCUUUUUGUUCUUUGGUUUAGGGCAUUCUAUGGAUUCCUUGACGAUUUUUUCUUCGCACAACCUUCAAGACUUACGGAUGGUCGAGACAGUUAUUCCGAACUUUUCGAUGCUGAGAUUUUGUCUCAUCAGUCCCCAGUAACCUAAAUCUAUUCCACAUUUUUCUUCUCACGGAGAAGGAUGAGAACCUCCCUACUGAACCAUGGUGGAGAGUUCCUCGACCCCCUUGGUGUAGUCCAAGGGAUGUGGGGUGCAGUAACUUUUAAGUAUAAAUUUCGAAAUACAUCCCAAGCCGUUUCAAUUGGGGACUCUGGCUCUAUUGUCCAAUCUAUUGACGAUGCAGGGUGUAUAACAUCCACAUGUUAGGUCUGGAUUAAGCUGAUGCGUGCUUGUUUUGGACAAUUAUAUGGAAGUCAAAGGUUAGAACUGAAUGAUCACUUUUACCUCGGGGUGGCAUGUAAUCGAGGUUCGUAACGUCAUCCUCAUAAUGGGUCGAUAUAAGAUCUAGUAAGGAUGAUUCCGAGUCCGGGUCGCACCUAGUCACUUCUGUCAUAUGCUGCACUAGGGAACAUAUGGUAACCGCACCAAUUAGUUCGUGCUCGAAGGAAUCAUCUGACAAUUCAGUUCGCAGAUUUUUACAGUCUACCAUGGGUGCAUUAAAGUCUCCUAGGAUUAGAUAUCGACUACUUUGGGACCAAGUGUUGAGACUGUUUAGCGGUAGAUCAAACCAAUCAGCACCUCUUGUCCUUUGCACUUCAAGCGGCAGCUAAUUGAUUCACAUGUCCCUUUCUCAUGGGAUACACUGUUGAUAAUGGUGAAUGGGAUAGCAUUCCUAAUGAAGAGAGCUGCUCCCCGUUCUUUACGCUUCUGGAUUCUGUCGGCUCUUACUAACGUAAAACCCUCAAAUUCAAGUUCCACACUAUCUAUAGGCUGCGUCAGCCAAGUUUUUGUGACUACAAUUAUAUCUGGCUUGGUAACUUUUUGAGGUAUGGCUUCAGUUGUCUCUUUCCCCUUGAAAUUGUGAUUCGGUUUUGGGAGGACAGUCCACUAGGAUCUUUUCGACCGGUAUUUGUGGUUACAGAUACCGGCUGACCGAUCAGUCGGGCUCAUUGUGCGAACAUAGGGUCAAACUCUGAACAUCUAAUCAACACUAAACCACUAACGGUUCCAAACUCUUCAUUUAUAGUACGAAGUUGUCCGGGUGUGCAAUAAACAGUGAAAGUGAUUGUCUUUGAAGUAUCACCGUCUUCAACGACUGCGCAAUUUCUUUAAUGUUGACUUGUUUUUCAGUUUGCAUCAAUGCUGACAUCGUAUUUUUUCAAGGCUACCAGUUACAACAAACUGAUACAAAAACCAUUUAAAGUUUUGUCAAGUAUUUUGGACCUGACAUGUCUAAUUUGUUCGCUUUAUGCGCUGAAUUGAUAUCAGCGACUCCUGAAGGCUUUCCAUAAAAUUCAUAUCGUUUUGUUAACAAAAAUACUCGACUUGUUAUCUUCGUUGUCCCGAAGGAUUACCAGCUUUUUGAUUUCGCUUGCAUGACGCAUUCAUUCAGAUUACUUAUCUCUGUUUUGUUUAUAUUUACAUAUGGGCAACACGUACGUUUAUUUUCGUCCUCAUAUUCCUAAUGUUACUGUAAAGCAAAACUUUCCCCCGUCCUUCGUGUGACAAACUAAUGCUUUCAAGGACGUCAAAGGGUUGAAUAUCGUUUCUUUCAGCACCGGACAAUCUUCACCUUGAGUAGUGUGUAGCCAUGAAGUUGACAGUAUAUUUAUUUAUUUAAUUUAUUUAAACACAUAAAAAUUGGUACAAGGAGACACCAAACAGAUAUGCGCCAUUUAAAUCAUUCGAUUUAUAUGAGGGCAGGGAUACUACCGGGUGCUCAAACCGAAGCAGGUGGUUUUCUUUGGGGGCCACACCCCGAGCCUUUGAAUAAAAGUCUAAUCUACAAGGCAGUGGUGCAACGUCUCAUUGUAGCCGUUAACCAAUAGUUGAUUCAUCCGCCAUUUGUUUCCUUAGGAUCUUGGAGCCCGUGUACACCAUUGGUUUGGAAUGAGGGUUUUCCAACUCCUCUACGUGGAUCCUCUAUAUCCAUCAACCCGGUUAAAGCGUCGGACAUUCGCUUUUCCUCCCCUCAGUUUCGUAAACAACACCCCCGCCACAAGGCGGUGAGUAGGAGAUCCCUGGCAAUGAUUGUAUGCACAUGGCUGUGUGAAAGCAUUUGGAGAGGGAGACCUGACCGUCCCCACUCUCGGCCGUACCAGGACAUUUGGGGGCACUAUGUAGCAAUACCACACUUUUGGUCGUUUAUCAGUAUUAACAAAAUAUUAGGUUUCCAAAAACUGUUACGGACUCAUAUCAUCAUCAUAAAUACGCCUUUAAAUGUAAUCAGUUUAAAUUAUUCUCAGCCACAUCAAAUAAGAAAUACUAUACUCAUUUCUAGGAAGGCGAGAAUCGAUGAUAUUUACUGAAAAUACCUUUACUCUAGUAACAUUUGCCAUUAAAAUAGUUUCUUAAACAAUCCAUAAUGGAAAAUAACGGCAUGUUUUACAACUUAUAUCUAAUUUUCGGUGAAGUUGUGCCAUUUGCCAACCAGCGAUCCAAGCUAUAUAUGUUAGAGAAUGCAAUAAAAGGUAGGUCACGCUGAAUCCAAGUAUCUAUUAGGCAGGUAGUUGUAUACGGUUUUGGGAGAUACUGGUUCACAUCUGGCAGUGGUGUAUCGUACUCAUAUUUUAGACGACCUGAGUGUUCACACAAAAUGACAAAAUAUUCAAAAACAUAAAUUUCUCCCUUAUUAUACAGUCUGGCACCUCGAGUAGGACACGAGAUUACGAAAGUACAUUGACACUACACGUUUUGAUACUUCAUUUCACCAAAAAUUUCUUGGCAGCUGCUUGAAGUUACAGCAUAUGUCGUAUCGGACUCUUGAAAUCGUGAGUGAUUUGCACUUGAUUUCAUUUCGUGAAUCCGUAGUGUCUAGUGAAACUGCAACUACAUACAGUUCCCGGACUCGAUACAGGAUUAGUUCGCUUAGUCCUACAACAGGAGCUGGACAAAUAAUUUACUUCAAUAUGUAUCAAUAGAUUUUACACUUUGCUCUGACUAUGUCUGAAUCAUGUGAUGAUAAUUGGCUGUUGAGUUUUCAUUUUAUAAUUUUAUUGACAUACUACUGAUCCCACAGGUAGUUAUCAAACAGACGUAUGAGUUAUGUAAUAAUCAUUUGGGGAAUUCUUACUUUCGGCUUGUUAGUUAAAUGGCUAAGGUUUUACUUCUUUAUCCCUGUUUUAUUGUAUCGGGCAGAAGCUUUUACUUAUGGUCAUUUUGAAGUCCCUGUUAUAAACUAGUGAUUUUAAAUCAUUGUAAACAUAGGAUCUUUCAACUUUUUGUACUCUUUUGAAGUCUUCGCCCAACUUGUCUCUUUUAAAGCAUCAUGAUCAGUCUGAUUGCGUAAUGAGAGAAGUAAAACCAUAUGAAACCAGUUACAUAAAGUAUUUGGAAACAUGACUGAUUAUUUUAUCUAUGUUCACUACUCGAUUGACAUAAACGUCCUUCUGGUGACGACCAAGAACAAGUAAUUGAAACCAAUAUGUCUGAAAUAGUUACCCCUAUUAGUCUAUCAGUACAUGACUCCGAAGAUAUCUCGACCGUAACUUUCUUUUUGGUACAAAUUUUCUCCUUAUGCGUCAAAGUUACUCAUUAGUAUAGUUGCGCUUGUACGUCGCGCUUUUCAUAGUAAAAUGGAAAGUUAAGUAUUUCGACUUUAUUCAAAAUGUAGUUAGUAAAUACGUGAAUGAUAACUACAAUGUAGCAUAGUUAUUUUGAGUCCCUGGAAGCCUGUUAAUUUCCUAGAAUGAAGUAUUUCUAAACUGUGAUUUUUGAGAUAGCAAAUACCUGUGAUUAGCAACUUAAUUGUUGGAGUUCUAAUAGUUAUGUUUUUUGCCACGUAUAAUGAAUGCAGCAUCAUUUAGACGUUCACUGGCCAUCUCAUAUUUUUGGUACUUCAGUUCUUUUUUGUCAUAACUGCUUUUUUCUACUAGUGGCUGACAUUGUUUGUAAUCAUACCACCUCAAGUUUUUAAAAGUAUUUGGGUUUAUUUUAGUUUCUGUUUGUCAAAUUAAUCCUUGUUAUCCUGUUAAAUAUUACUCGUAUAAACUAUUGUCGUUUUUACAGAUCAUUGCACUCGAUUACUUUGGUUGAACCAACUACAUCAAAUUACGGUCAUUUUUGUGAUUUUCCACUUUUAUAGAGGUGUACAUGAUAUAAAUCAGACAUGGAAGAAGAAGAUACGUACUUACCAGAAAACCAUCCAUUACAACAAUACUUUCGAGAAAUCGGAGUUCCGGAUGUUGCUACUUGUGAAAUCUCCAAAAGGCCUACUAUCACCACCACUACUACCUUUCUGAUGAAAAAGUUUGCGCAUAUCUUAUCGUACUUCAAAUGCAUAAAUCCUUUUGAUUUUACAUUAUAUUUCGGUCUCGAUUUACCACUUACAAGAUAUCUUUUACUUCAGAUAAUUAGCCUAAUAAAGUACAGUGAUCUAAUUACUGUUGAGAAUAAACCAGUGGUUGAAUACAUAUACUCGGUGGGAAAUAACGACCAAGUCGACUCAAGAUGUUGUCUUGCGAUGUUUUCACUUCUUUGUGGAUUCGGAUUGAGUUACUCUACUCAAAUGAUUUUUAUAUUCUUACUCGUUAUUUUAUGUUUACGGAUGUCCAACGUACUAUUUUUAAUGGUAUCUAAAUAUCAUCUUGCAGACUCAUUGAAGCAAAUGAAAAAAUUCUCUCACAGAUCCCAUCUUAUCGUUCUUUUCUUACAAGAUCUCAAUACCCGCCGUUAUUUCGGUCCCAAAAUUGUAGAUAAAAAUACAUUUAAAAUUUUCCCACUAAUAUACCAUCAGGCGUACAACUUUAUGCGCGCUUACCUUAUAGAAUUGAUUGAUUUUUCUGUUAAAUUGGGAAACUUAAUUGAUGAAAAUAAUUCUGAGAUACCAUUAGAGAUGUCAACUUCAGAACUGAUUCAAUUAAAAUGUGACAUAGAAGAAAAGCCUAAAGACCCAAGCAUCGAAAAUCUACGAAUGUUUUGUGAACUGUUAAAACUGUUAACAUCUGAUCUCUUAGUCAAAUUGUCAUUCUCGUUUUGCCAAUCAAGACGAGAUACUUUUCACCUAUUACGAUUGAUUAUGUCGGUAUGGAAAUGGGACUACUUUUUGACUAGAAUAAAGAAUGAAUUCAAUAAAUUGAAUGAAUUGCAUUCAAUGAUUUUAAAUGGCAAGCUCAUACAUAAUGAUGCUCGAACUGCAAAAGAAUGUGUAUCUGGAGAAAAUGAAGUCAAAAAUCUCUAUAAACAAACAGAGGCUCGAAUAACUCACGAAUUAUUGCUGCAUCUUCUUGUUUCAUUGGAACAUGCCAACAAUUUGAAGUCCUAUGUUGAACAAAAUUGUAAUACGUCAUUUGUUUCGAAUGAAACCUUUUCCAAUUUAAUUAGUCUCAUACGUUGUCAAUUGAAUGCAUCCCUGAUUUUUUUGAAUGAAUUGGAUAAUGCUCAAACUGCAGACAAUGUUGAUAUUUCAAAAGAAAAUAUAGAAACUACUGUUGACUUCCUAUAUUGCCGAGAUGGGAUUUCAUCUAGUAAAGAUGUUCUGAAAGCUGUGGAUCCAAUUGUAGAGGAUGAUAACCCAUCAUCAGGUAUGCAUGUUACUGUACUGAAAGAACUUAAAAAUGUAAUAUCUCACCGUCGAGUGAUUAUGCAGAAGCGUGAAGAAUGUGCUUUAAAACGACGAUUGCAGAUAGAGUGUCCUGAUAACAAAAAGCCGAGUGUAUCCACUGACAGGGUCAGCCUAAGUUCUGAAAAGGAGCUUCAAACUCAGUUUGUAUUAUCCAAUUCACUUGAUACAAAUGAAAGCAACUGUGCUUCUAUGGAUGAUAAACUACUAGAAUUUUUCCCAACUCCUUUGUGUAAUUCAUCAUGCGAAUAUUUCAAAAAGUCCCGUACUGGACGUCGAAAUUUAAAAUGUAAUGUUUUAAAAAGAAAUUCAAUCUUUCUUCAGCUGUCACCUACUAAUGUACAUGAAAAUUAUAGAAUUUCAAAUUGUUCUGACCCAAUUGUAUUGAAAAAUGUUUCACAGUCAAAAAACGCACCAGAUAAUAAGUUUCUACAAUGUUCUGCACUAGCGAAUGCUUUAAUGAAUCAACGUAAAUUGUUGGGAUUAGCCACAGAGGAUUGUUUUACUGGAAUUGGUUCAGGUGAAAUGUGUGUUGAAAUGUCAGAAGAGAAUCAUACUGGCAUUUCAUAAUAAUCAAUGAGUUUUUCUUCACAAUUAUCAUUAUGUAGUAAUAGACAUUGUACAUUAUUCAUUUUGUUAUUUUUC